AUCCACCCCGGAGAGAUUUAUCAAAGGCAGAGAAGCCAGAGAGACAAAGGGUCGAUCGUGCUGCAGGGGAAUUCAAGUGGAUCAAUCAUGGCGACUGCGAGAACUGUGAAAGAUGUAUCUCCUCACGACUUCGUCAAGGCUUACGCUGCUCAUCUCAAGCGAUCCGGCAAGAUUGAACUCCCACCCUGGGUUGAUAUUGUGAAAACUGGAACUCUGAAAGAACUUGCUCCUUAUGAUCCCGAUUGGUACUACAUCAGAGCUGCUUCUAUUGCUAGGAAAAUUUAUUUGAGACAAGGCCUUGGAGUUGGUUCAUUCAGGAGGAUUUAUGGUGGAAGCAAGAGGAAUGGAAGCCGCCCACCACAUUUUGGUAAAGCCAGUGGAGGAAUUGCUCGUCACAUCCUUCAGCAGCUGGCUAAAUUGAACAUUAUCGACAUGGACCCUAAAGGAGGAAGAAGAAUUACAUCCAGUGGCCAAAGAGAUCUUGACCAAGUUGCUGGCCGCAUUGUUGUCGUCACUCCUUGAACUUAUGAAUUUUUGAGCUUCAGUGCAUUAUCUGUCAAUUUUGAUAAAAUGUAGGUUCUUUUAUGUGGUGUUUCUGUCCUUUGUGACUAAAUCUUGUGAAACAGAUGUCCUUUGAUAUUUAAUUAACAAUUUUUGGUCUUAAGAGUAUUUUGGGUUGUUGAUGGUUAAACAUUGUUUGAGUGCUAGUCCUGUCUUGAAGACGGUUGUUCUAACUUUGAAGUGAAUAGUUUCAAGCUCUUUUUACAGGUUGAAACUGUGAUGUUUGCUAACUUCGUAUCAAUCAUCUAUAAUAGGCCGUACAACCUGCACUUAUUCUUGUUAUGCACUUUUAUAGCCUGCUAGUGCUAGUUUCUAAAGAUUAAGAAAUGAUAACAUCCCGAAUUUCAAUGCAAUUUUAUUA